GUGUCAUAUGAACAGAGGCUGACAUCCCGUGGCCAGCUGUGGUCUGUCACGCGUCAUUCCAGAAACAACCAAAUGGCGGCGCUGUCAUUAAAACAGAUCAGACUAACUUCUUCUCUUGACUCCCAUCGUCUUUUUCUCCUCUACCGGGUUUGAUUUUCUUUCUCUUCCGGUUGCCGUCUGUUCGUGUUGCAGAUUAACCAGUGACGAAAUGGCCAAGUCAAAGAAUCACACAACCCACAACCAGUCUCGUAAAGCCCACAGGAAUGGCAUCAAGAAGCCCAGAUCUGAUCGUUAUGAGUCACUGAAAGGGGUGGACCCUAAGUUCCUGAGGAACAUGCGCUUUGCUAAGAAGCACAACAAGAAGGGCAUGAAGGCGGCGCAGAAGGCAGCGGCAGCUAAAGCUGUCAAAUAAAUGCGGU